CCUAUCCGUUUCACAUCCUAUCGCUAAGCUGCAGUUGGGAGCGCUUGCACAGGAGGGCGUAUCAGCUGAGGCAAGCGUAUCGCUGUCUGCAGUUUUAAAAGAAAGAAAGGCAUUCCUCUUGACUCAUUCUUUUAAACGGAUUACAUUUUUUCAGGCGAGCGUAUUUUUCAUCCCUUUGCGUUCCCUCAGCAGAAGGCCUGUCACUGAGAAGUGAGUGUCUGCUCACUGGUGUGAAGACAGCGGCGAGUGCAGCAGGGUUUCCCCGAUGGCAGGGUGGAAGGACGGCUCGGUGCAGGAGAAGUAUCGGCUGGUUGUUGUGGGAGGCGGCGGUGUCGGGAAGUCAGCGUUGACUAUCCAAUUCAUCCAGUCUUACUUUGUCACCGACUAUGACCCCACGAUUGAAGACUCCUACACAAAGCAGUGUGUGAUUGACGAGAGGGCAGCCCGCCUGGACAUCCUGGACACAGCGGGACAGGAAGAGUUUGGAGCCAUGAGAGAACAAUACAUGAGGACAGGGGAGGGCUUCCUGUUGGUCUUCUCCGUCACCGACAGAGGAAGUUUUGAAGAAAUCUACAAAUUCCAGAGACAGAUCCUUAGGGUAAAGGACCGUGACGAUUUUCCCAUGAUCCUCGUGGGCAACAAGGCAGACCUGGAGCUGCAGAGACAGGUGACUCAGGAGGAGGGACAGCAGCUGGCCAGACAGCUGAAAGUAACAUACAUGGAGGCAUCAGCUAAGAUCCGCAUGAACGUAGACCAGGCCUUUCACGAACUAGUUAGAGUAAUAAGAAAAUUCCAGGAGCAGGAGUGCCCACCCUCACCAGAGCCCACACGGAAAGAGAAGGACAAGAGCGGCUGCCAUUGUGUGAUCGUCUGAGUGGGCCCUCUCACUGCCACUCACCCAGCUGCUGUCACUAGUCCCCGCCCCCUGCCUUCUGACAUCACAUCCUGUGUGGAUGAGUGCUGCCUUCUGCACCUGCAUGACUGACAGUAGUGGUCUCCACGACAACCUUGGAGGCGCCAGCCAGGGACUACACUAAACGGAAGAACAAGGAAAACUGACGGACAACCACUCAACACACAGAAAAAAGUACCAUCCCAACACGCGUGUGCAAAAACCUCCUAACACUAAACACUGCUUAAAGAAUUCCAUUUUUUUGUAUGUUGAAGGACAAUUUAUGGCCUUGGCAUUUGUCUUAGUGACAUUUGUAUUUUUGACGAAAUGAUGAUGAAACAAAAUGAUAACAAAACCUAUCUGGAAUGUCAGUUGAAAGAAAAAAGAAAAAGGAAAAUGGUUUUUAGCAACAGGUAUUUUGGCCUUAUGGACUGAGGUGUUGUAAUUGAGCUUUGAGUGUGUAGUGCCAUAUUCAUUUUUACAUUCAUGUGCUAAUCAGCUACUGUGCAUAAGUGAAAUUUGUUGUGAUUUUUGAAAAUGCAUCUCUAAUUAAUUAAAUUACUGAAGUACAGUAAGUGAGGUUGAUGAGCUUGGUCUGAUGUACAUAAACAUAGUUAUAUACAUGUAUGUAUGUAUGUAUAGUAUGUACACAAACAGCCAAAAAACAGUGAUGCCAAGUUUGUGUUCUGUUGUAGGCCAGUGUUUCCACUUUUGUGUCUUUGAACGCAUUCGUUUCAGUGGCCACAUCCACUCAAUCUGCUUUUUCCCACUCAUUAAAACUUGCUCAGUAAGAGUAAGGAAAUUAGUUGAGCUGGUUAUCCUCAAAACCAGAUUGCCCAAGCAUGCACUUCUCGGGCUCAUCCUCUGUAGACAUCCGCAGAUUAGCCAAACCAAAAAGAAACUGCAGUGUGCUGAAGAUUAAGAGCAAGACAUUGAACCAUAGGCACCUCUCCAGUUUUGCUGACAAAGCAGAGUUUUGGCCACAAAGGAUAGUAUUUCCUGUCAGCCUCUGAAUUUUUAAAACGAUCCCGUAUUUGAGAAAUUCUUAGGACUUGAUUCUCUCAUGUGAAAGAACUGACAGUUUUUUGCUGUUGAUGCUUAAGUGUUAAACAGUUAUGCAGAAUAAGUUUCUUGUUGGCUUACAAAGUUGUCACCAUAAGUGUAGUUGCAGUUAAUUUUGGUUUGGCCUGAUCUCAGGAGGAAGUGUGUGCCUUUACUUUGGUCAUUAAGGAUUGUCCCACCACGUUACCCGCCAAAAGGAACUUGGCUUUUCACAGCCAGGGUUUGCAUCACAGUUAAGAGAUUUCACCCAUUUGUUUUGUCUUCCUUUUCGAUGUGAGUAUUUCUGGAUAAGGGAUACAAUGAAACUUGUAGUUUUUUGUUUGUUUAAUCUUCAUGUAAUAUAAGGAAAAUAAGGAUGGAAAGGAUCGAUUUGACAGAGAUGAUUAAAUGUUUUUUGCUAUAUACUUUUAUACAUUAUUUUCUUAUCAAGACUAGUUAACAAGUAUUUUUAUAUGUUUGUAUGCUCUCACAGCACAAAUGUGUAUAUGUAAAGAGGAGUAUUUAAUUCUCUUGGUUUGUUUUUAACUGAAAAGACUAGGCCUGCUUUUGUGAAACAGGUCAAGAACAUGUCCUCGCUGGUUGUCCCUUCACCUUGACAAGCCUUCAACCCGCCCACAGUUCAGUUUCCACCAUUGUGUUAGACUGACCCGAUUCCGCUGUCCCCAUAUGCCCUGCAGGGGGCACCAGCUCAAUUCUGUAGAUUGUGGUAGGGGUCACAGAAACAUAGAAUAUUCUGCUGUCCUGAGGAGUAUCCAAAUGACUCUCCCUUAUUCUACUAGAGUUGUGUGUGUUCAUUCAAUCCAUAUUUUUUUUUCUAAGUCUACCCUCCUGUAUAGCUUCUGGUGCUGUAAUAAAAUUAAGAUUAAGGCAACUAAGACAAUAACUGAUUU